AUGCGAUUGAGAGCCAAAAAUGUCGUCUUCGAGAGCUUAAUCUUUACGCUGCAACCGGCGUUUGCCAAUAAUCCUUCAGAUGCUACUGGAACUGACGAAGAAAUUGAGCGACAAUGUGGAUUUAUCCGUGAAGCCGAAGAGUGUCACAAAAACUUUACCACCCAAUGUGCCACAGAAUCUCAGAGAGAAUUGAUUGAGUUCCUUGGAAGUGGAGUUAAAAAAGUUGCUGAUGAGUUCUGUACUGCUGGAACCAAAUUACGGGAAGACUACAAGAAACAUGCUAAAUGUGUCUCCGAAUCACGAAAAGACUCAAAGACAUGUACAAAAGACUUGAAAGCAGCUUUGGAAAUAAUCUCGGACAUUCAAUGGGACAAACGUAUUGCAACCAGUUGUUGUGCCUUUAAACGUUUCGAGGAUUGUGUAACCACCAAUCUACGAACCAAAUGUGGUGAUGAAGCUGUUGAAAUUAGUCGUAAAUUGGUACGUCUGGCUGCAUCAAGAUUACCCGAGAUUGUCUGUCAAUCUUACAAAGGAGACAAAUGUGCAGGUUUACUUCCACCAUCUGGAACUGCACCGACUGGAGCUAAAUCAAAUAGUAUAUUGUCAAGAGUUUUCUUAACUUUUGUUGGCAAUCAAGACUAA